CUUUACGCUGUUGAAGUGGCCUGCGUCCUUUAUCUUUUUAAAUUUGGUAGUGUUUCUUUUGGCUGUGGGCAACACAGAUAUCGCCGUAUCGGAGUUCUAUGGCGAUUUCUUACAAGUAUAUCGUUCUUGGAGGCGGUGUUGGUGCGGGGUACGCUGCAAGAGAGUUUUCUCGUGAAGGAGCCAGGAGCGGGGAAGUGGCCAUUCUUUCGAAGGAGGCUGUUGCUCCAUACGAGCGUCCAGCACUGAGCAAAGGCUACUUGUUCCCCCGAGAUGCUGCGAGACUGCCUGAUUUUCAUGUCUGUGUGGGAAGCGGCGGUGAGCAGCAAGAUUUCAAGUGGUAUGCGCAAAGAGGAAUUGAUCUGAUCCUAAACACAGAAGUUGUGAAAGCGGAUCUUGCUGCGAAAGCUUUGACGACGUCAGAAGGCCAUGUCUACAACUAUGACAUUUUAGUCGUCGCUACAGGAUCAACAGUUAUCAAGCUACCACACUCUGACGCAGCUGGCAUUCACUAUCUGCGAGGGAUUGAUGAGGCCGAGGCUCUGGUGGAAGCUAUGAGCAAGGCCAAGGAAUCGUCCAGGAACGCUAUUGUUAUCGGGGGAGGCUACAUGGGAAUGGAGCUUUCCGCGGCGCUGAUAACGAACGAAUUUAAGGUGACAAUGGUUUAUCCAAAACCUUUCUGCAUGCCAAAGCUUUUCACUGCGGACAUUGCUAGCUUUUACGAAGAAUUCUAUCAAGCAAAAGGUGCCACGAUUGUGAAAGGAGGACGAGCAUCUGGAUUUGAGUUGGACUCGCAGGGUCACGUAAGUUUUUGUUUUGUUUGUUUUUCUAAUUUUUUUAAAGACAUCAAGUUCUUCGCUUUUACGAUGCCCCAGGUCAAGGCCGUGGUAUUGAGCGAUGGAAGGAAACUGGACGCCGACAUUGUGAUUGUUGGCAUCGGAGCCAAGCCACUCACGGGACUUCUAAGCGGACAAGUCGACGAAGAGCAAGGCGGCAUAAAAGUGGACGGAUUCUUUGAGACAAGCAUCGAGAACGUGUACGCGGUGGGAGAUAUUGCAACCUUCCCGCUAAAGCUCUACGGUGAUAUGAGAAGAGUGGAGCACGUAGAUCACGCGAGAAAAUCAGCCAUUCAAGCCGUCCAGGCUAUCAGAGCGAAGGAAGAAGGCCGCUCCAUCGCACCAUACGACUACGUUCCCUUCUUCUACUCGCGCGUCUUCGAUCUCUCGUGGCAGUUCUAUGGCGACAAUGUUGGCGACGCCGUGAUCUUCGUAGCAAAGGCGAGAAAGUUUGGUUGCUACUGGGCGAGAGACGAUCGAAUCAUGGGUGUUUUCCUCGAGGGAGGAUCCCCGGCAGAGAACCAAGAACUCGCAAAGGCAGCGAGAGAACAACCGAACGUGGCAGAGUUUCUAGCUGGGUGGAAUCGAGCCACAGAUUGAAUAGAGCAUAUACUUUCUAACGGACUAGAGCAUAAUGGAAAUUAGGGUUCUUGCGUGA